AUGGAGUCGUGGUUGAAGCGUAGUGGUAAUUCUUGUGAAAACACGGAGGGACAAGUGGCAAAGAAGGCCAAACCAGAGCCGACUCAGCUCUCUCUCUCUCUCUCUCUCUCCCUCCUUCUCAGAGCUGCCCAGAAGCUCAACCUCUCCUCCAAGAAGAGGAAGCAGCGUCCGGCUGCCCCAGUGGCAAGCGACCCUCCCCUCUUCCCCACCAACUUCAGUGGCAUCCUCCAGGUGUCCCCCCCUCCGGCCCCCCCAUGCCUCCUCCGUGCUGUCAACAAGGUCAAGGACAACCCAGGACUGGGCAAGGUGAAAGUGAUGCUUCGCAUCUGCCCCGUGUCUCCCCCGGAGACGGCCGAGUCCAGCUCCUUUCUGAAGGUCGACCCGCGCAAGAAACAGGUGACCAUCAUGGACCCGGCGUCCAACACCCAGCCCAACGCCGCCCAGAAGCGGGGCAGCUCCAAUCAGGUCCCUCCCAAGAUGUUCGCCUUCGACGCCGCCUUCCCCCACGACGCCUCCCAGGCGGAAGUAUGUGCCGGAACAGUCGCUGAGGUCAUCCAGUCUGUGGUCAAUGGAGCGGACGGCUGUGUGUUCUGUUUUGGCCAUUCCAAACUAGGGAAGUCCUACACCAUGAUCGGGCGAGACGACUCGACGCAGAGCCUGGGGAUCGUCCCCUGUGCCAUCUCCUGGCUCUUCAAGCUGAUCAACGAGCGCAAGGAGAAGACGGGCGCACGCUUCUCCGUCCGCGUGUCCGCCGUGGAGGUCUGGGGCAAAGACGAGAACCUGAAGGACCUGCUGUCCGAGGUGGCCACGGGCAGUCUCCAGGACGGCCAGUCUCCAGGGGUCUACCUCUGCGAGGACCCCAUCUGUGGGAUGCAGCUCCAGAACCAGAGCGAGCUGAGGGCCCCCACAGCGGAGAAGGCCGCCUUCUUCCUGGACGCGGCCAUCGCCUCACGCUACAGCAGCAAGCCCGACUACGACGAGGAGGAGCACCGCAACUCCCACAUGCUCUUCACUCUGCACAUCUACCAGUACCGCAUGGAGAAGAGCGGCAAGGGCGGCAUGUCGGGUGGCCGUAGCCGCCUGCACCUGAUCGACCUGGGCAGCUGUUAUGAGGUGUUGAUGCGGCUCAUUGAGCAACACCACGGGUAUUUCACCAUCGCCCUGGGCAACGUCAUCCUGGCUCUGGUCAACGGCAGCAAGCACAUCCCCUACAAGGACAGCAAGCUGACCAUGCUUCUGAGAGAGUCCCUGGGGAACAUGAACUGCAGGACCACCAUGAUCGCUCACAUCUCCGCGUCGCCAAGCAACUUCUCCGAGACUCUGUCCACCCUGCAAAUCGCCUCCCGCGUCCUGCGCAUGAAAAAGAAGAAGGCCAAAUACACCUCCAGCUCUUCGGGGGGCGAGAGCUCGUGUGAGGAGGGCAGGAUGCGACGUCCGACGCAGCUGAGGACGUUCCACUCCCGCAACGUGGUGGACCCCGACAUGCCGCUGCUGCACCUCUCGAGCGACCACGACGACUACUCCAGCAGUGAGCAGUCGUGCGACACGGUCAUCUACGUGGGCCCCAACGGCUCUGCGCUCUCCGACAAGGAGUUGACGGACAACGAGGGACCGCCGGAGUUCGUGCCCAUCAUCCCGUCGAUCCACAAGAACAAGGCGGAGCCGGCGGGGGCAGCGGGCAAAAGUGGGGCGCUGUCCCCCCAGAAGCCCCCGCUGGCCGCGUGCCAGCUGCCCCUGCUGCAGGCUGGGCUGACCCCGGUGCCCGUGCAGGCGGUCCAGCCGCUCCACUCGCAGGCGCUGGCGCCGGUGCCCGAGGAGGGUGCGGAGGCCGAGAAGCCCGAGAAGGACUGCCUCAAGUGCAACACGUUCGCCGAGCUGCAGGAACGGCUCGAGUGCAUCGACGGCAGCGAGGAGGUCACCAAGUUCCCCUUCGAAGAGGUUCCCGCCGCCUUCCAGGCCACCGUGGUCGCCGAGCCGCCCAUCAAGCGAUCUCCAACCCACCAGCAGCUGGAGGAGAUCCGCGAGGCGGUGGAGGAGGCUGAGCUGGCCCAGUCGAUUAUCGAGAGCCUGACGCAGUCGUCCGCCGCGCUGACCAGCAGCCGAAGCGUGACGGGCAGCAGCAGUGGCGGCGUCAGCCAGAUCGUGCCCCUGCAGCGCGCCAAGAGCUCCAGCCUGCACGACAGCCGCGAGUCCAUCAGCGGCGCCAGCGGCAGCGAGGGCAAGCCGCGGUCCAUGGGCUCUCCGCGCCUGGGCAUUGCCAGCCUGACCAAGACCGCCGAGUACAAGCCGCCGCUGUCGCCCUCCCAGCGCAGCAAGGUGUACACGCAGAAGUGCGUGAUGCCCGGCACGCCGCCCUCCUCGUCCUCCUCACACAAUCUGACCAAGGACGGCGGGCAGUCCUCCACGGAGUCCCUCCUAAUCCAGCCGGAGUCGCGGACCUCGCCCGUGGGCCUCCCGCCGGCAGGACGCUGGCAGCGGGUAGCUGCAGCAACGGCCACGGUCCUGCUACAGCGCCCCCUGGAGACCAACGGCGAGGACGAGCUGGUGUUCACGCUGGUGGAGGAGCUGAGCAUGGCGGUCAGCGGCGUCGUUGGCGGCGGAGGAGGAGGAGGCGGUGUCAUGCUGGAGAAUGGCCGGCCCACUAGCAUCAUCAGCUUCAGCAGUGACUGCUCUGUCCAUGCUUGGCCUCGGGCAGUGAUGGAGAGCAGUCCUGCCACAGCUUCGUUGCGCAGCACUGCUUCGGCCAGGGCGAGGCCAUGGCUGACCCGCAGCUGCCCGAAGAGGCCCAGGUGGACUCGGCGAGGAGCGCGAGCGGACGGAAGACUCCAGAGUGACACGGUUUUGGUCAAAGGGGACAAACCAAAUGAGAAGAGCACCCCUACUAAGGAGCGGCUGAGCAGGAUGUCCCCCACGAUCAGCAGGACGACAGUCUCCGUGUCCACGGUCCAGACACUGUCCACUACCAGCGGCUUAGUGCCCUUUAAAACCACCAUUACAGUGCACCCUUGUGUGGCCGUCAAGCCAAUGAUCAUCCAGGAUUUUACCUCUCUUUCCUCUCCUACUAAAACUGCCCCACACAAAGACGGCAAAUGCCCCCUGAUGCCUCUCUCCAGUGACAUCCUCUUCGAUGACCCCUGGAUGAAGAGGGACUGCGAGGACUUCAAGGUCAAAGACAUAGUCUGUGAGGUCAAGCCGGAAAAGCGCCUGGCGGACUCGGUCAAGGCCAGGGGCGGAGUGGAGAGGCGCAGCUCCAGCAGUGGCGAAGCGGUCUGCUCGCCGGACACCUUCAAGCGGGUGGUGGACGGCUGCGAGAUGGUGCUGGCCGCCUCCGACGGAACGACCGCUGCCGUGUUCUCGGCCGACAUCCUCCGCACGGGCAGCCUGCCGCGCGGCUGGCACCGGCUGAACCGCCAGGACGACCUGGAGGACGCCGCCGGACUGCGCUACGCCAGCGGAGAGUACCGAGGGCUUGGGGUCACGACCUCCACGCCCUGCAGCCCCAGAGCCACGCUGGAGAGGAGGGGCUCGUCCUCCAAGCAGGGCCUCUUCGCCCGGCAGAAGGGGAUUCCGCCGCUGCCCCCGAUACGCAAGUCCAGUCUGGACCAGAAGAACCGAGCCGGCCCACUGCACACGACCGGCAGCAUGCUGACGCUGUCCUUCCUGGGCAGCACGCCCGACGACCUCGGCGGAAACGGCAAGCAGAAAGGGUCGGGCAUGGAGAGUAGCCGUCUUUUCAGCGCCAAACUGGAGCAGCUGGCUAGCAGGACCAACUCGCUGGGGCGAUCUCACGGUGGUCACUACGACUGCCACUCCCUGGAGCGGGCCGAGAGCCUUACGUCCAUGGGCUCCAAAGGCGGCAGCGGCAACGGUGGCAGGGACACAACGAUGCCGCGAUCCGGGAGGAGUUUGACCCGCGGCUCUUCCGUGCCCUCUCCCACCAACGGAAACAACAACAACGUUCCGCAGUCGCCGGUCAAGGGCGGCCAGUCGAAGAUCUCAGCCGUCAGCAAGCUCCUGAUGGCCAGCCCCAAGGCACGCAGCCUGUCCACCUCCAGCACCAAGACUCUCAGCUUCUCCACCAAGUCCCUGCCGCAGUCGGUCAACCGCAGCUCCAGCCUGCCCCCGAACGGCAAGAACCAGAGCGCCGGCUCGUGGUCCACCCAGUCCCUAAGCCGCAGCCGCGGGUCCGGCCUGGCCUCCAAACUGCCCCUGCGGGCGGUCAACGGGCGCAUCUCGGAGCUUCUCCAGGGCAGCGGGGGCUCGCGUGCUGGGCAUGCCCGGGGGGCCUCCGACUCGGAGGAGCGCGGUGGCGGCAGCGGUGGCAGUCGGUCCGCAGCAAGGGGGGAGGAGCGUCCGGUGGUCCACACGCUGCCGUCGCCCUACAGCAAGAUCACGGCGCCCCGUCGGCCGCACCGAUGCAGCAGCGGCCACGCCAGCGACAACAGCAGCGUGCUGAGCGGCGAGCUGCCCCCGGCCAUGGGCAAGACGGCGCUGUUCUACCACAGCGGGGGCAGCAGCGGCUACGAGAGCAUGAUCCGGGACAGCGAGGCCACGGGCAGCACGUCCUCCGCACAGGACUCCAUGAGCGAGAACAGCAGCUCCAUCAGCGGACGCAGAAGCCUCAAGAACUCCAAGAAGAGGAACAACACAGGUACGCAGAGGCGGCGUCUGAUCCCCAACCUGAACCUGGACACAGCGUCGCCGGUGAGGAAGCCCAUGAUCAGCCCGGGGGUGCGCUGGGUGGAUGGCCCCCUGCGGCCCGCUCAGAGGGGCCUGGCCGAACCCUUCGAGAUAAAGGUGUACGAGAUCGAUGACGUGGAGCGCCUGCAGCGGAGGAGGAUGGCCGGAAACAAGGAGGUGGUGUACUUCAGCGCCAAGCUGAAGAUCCUGGAGAACCGACAGCAGCGCAUCUCAGAGGUGCGGGCCAAGUACGACUGGCUCAAGAAGGAGCUGGAGCUGACCAAGCAGCACCUCAUGCUGGAACCCGAGAAGUGGACCACCGAGUUUGAUCUCCAGCAGACGUUCGAGGUGGACUCCCUUGAGUACCUGGAGGCUCUGGAGAUUGUGACGGACCGUCUAGAGACCCGGGUGAACUUCUGCAAAGCCCACCUCAUGAUGAUCACGUGCUUCGACGUCACCUGCCGGCGCCGGUAGAGGAAGUGGCUGCUGCAAUCGGUUGUCAGGGGUGAGAAUGAGCAAAGGACCAUGGGAAGUCGAAUUGUCUUGACCUCUCUGAUUGUUUUUGGACGAGUUUGGACCGUGAGGAAGUAGGACAAGUGGUUCAUCCUUCAAACGGUGACCAGGAAGAAUGGAAAAACACAAAAGACUAUUUUUCUAAAGUAGGAUCAUGAGACUGGACACUGGGAGGACAAGAAAAAUAAAAAAAAAAAGACACGAAUGGAAGUUUUUAUCAGAGGAUGGCCCAUCUCCCCGGACUAGUCAAGCACUUUUUAAAAAACAAAAACUUGGUGUUGUGGGAUGUAAAUACAAUUUGUUUGCUUGCUUUGAAACAAGGCCUGAAAAACAGGAGGGCAUGGUCAUGAGAAAAAGAAAAUUGAAAAUAAAAUGAAAAUGAAGAUGAAAAAGAAAAGGUGAACUGAGGACAACAAGUGCCUUGUAAACACUUAGAUAUCAAACCAUUUUCCUGUAAGGUGUACAGCUGGUGCUAGCUUGACUAGUUAACGUUAAAGAGAAGAGAAAAAAACAGCUCGUUUGACUCGGUGUUUUAUCCCUUGGAGUAGCUGUCUUUCAGUACUUUGUAUAUGUAUUGUUAAACAUUAGUUACAUGCAACAUACAAACUGUUCUGUGUACGUUUUCUAUUAUCAUUACUAUCAGUGUUCAUUUUCUAUUCUCAGAGACAGUAGGAACCGCUAAGAGAGAUUGGUGCAGGGCAGGAUGGGCCAGUGUAUGUAUGUGCCAUCUUCUCCUGUAACACACACACACACACACACACACACACACACACACACACACACACACACACACACACACACACACACACACACACACACACACACACACA